ACCCACGUGCAACUUCUGGGGUGCAAGGUAUUUACCCUUUCCUUUGUUCUACGUCAAGCUCAUUGGUUGUGUAGAUAUUAUGUGUCCCGUUGAGUUCCGAUGCCGCGACGUUUCUAAUCCAUGCAUGUUCAACGGUGGCACUCGCCAGAAUCCAUCUCUCCAAGGCGCUUUUGAGAUGCGCACCGCAGUUCGACAUGACAAAGAGAACGCAGCGAUCAAACAUGAUCCUGCACCACGAACAAAGAAUUCAAUCCCACUGAUCAACAAGGACACAGAAAUCGCAUACCUUCUUGCGGCGGCACCAUGCGUGCCACUGGUAUACGAUCUGCGAUACCCACCCACCUCUCUCCAAUUUUCACCAUCAUCUCCGUACGCAGGACGAGGAUACGAGCUCCUUCAGAUACCACUCACGCCAGCACGGUCCAAACAAAUACGGCUGAUCAGUCAAGACUUCCCCUGGGCAUUCGACAUCGAAUCCGGUGCCGGGAAACAGGGCAUAAUGUGUCUUGAAGUCCUCAGAGCGUUACACGCUGCAUUACAGCACCCACUCUCAGAUACGGAGUGGGGCGCCGCUGUGGAGGAUAAACACGCAAGUCUCAUCAGAGCGCGCGAUCGUCGGCUAACUAUGGAUCCUGCUUCGCGCGGGAGCUUGAAUUCGAAGGCAUCCCCUACUGCCAAGCCUAGAGUGAGAUUCGCAGUUGAUGCGGAUAUGAAGCUUGAGCGACGAGAGCCGGUGAUACUCCGUGUGGACUGGCUUGGGACCCGUGUUGCGUUUGGGGGGCUCGUCAAGGAUGAAGCGUUUGCGAGGAGGAGACUCAUUCCGGGUGCGAGGGAGCCACCUGAGACGUGGGUUGUGAAGUUCCAAAGAUUAGUGUAAUAUGUAAUCAUGUUCGGACGAAACGCACAGACCUUAUAUGUAUUGGUUGUUUAUCGAGAUUUUGGGACAUACGUUGGCAUUCGCGUCACAGGGGCUAUUGCUCUUUAAAGGGCAAGUACAUUUUUUGGGCCAAGGCUAGACUCGUAAUCUUCUCAAGUACCACUUAGAACAGAUCUACUCCCUCACUCACUCCAGCACACCAACGAACUGUGACCCCGCCGCAGAGAUAUAUAACCCAUACCUAUUCCUGCCUUCC